AUGGACGAACGCACGAUGGCCUUUAUCCAGAGCAGCAACUAUCAGCCACUCGAUGUCAUUGGCGAAGGCGCGUACGGCGUCGUCUGCUCUGCUGUCCAUGUCCCGACGCAACGGAAAGUCGCGAUCAAGCGCAUCACCCCCUUCGAUCACUCCAUGUUCUGCCUGCGCACCCUCCGCGAGAUCAAGCUGCUCCGCCAUUUCCACCACGAGAACAUCAUCGCCAUACUAGACAUCCUCCGUCCCCCAUCCCUCGCAGACUUCACAGAAGUAUAUCUCGUGCAGGAGCUUAUGGAGACCGAUCUCCACAGGGUCAUACGAACACAGGAGCUCAGCGAUGAUCACUGCCAAUAUUUUAUCUACCAGACGCUACGGGCCCUCAAAGCCCUACACUCAGCUGACGUUCUCCAUCGCGACCUCAAACCCUCCAAUCUCCUGCUCAACGCCAACUGCGAUCUCAAGCUCUGCGACUUCGGCCUCGCACGCUCCGCCCGUCCCCCACCUAACGUUGCCAACGACAGCAGCACAUUUAUGACUGAAUAUGUUGCCACGAGGUGGUACCGCGCGCCCGAAGUGAUGCUGACAUUCAAAGAAUACACCCGUGCGAUCGAUAUGUGGAGCGUCGGUUGCGUGCUGGCAGAGAUGCUCAGCGGGAAACCCCUCUUCCCAGGACGGGAUUAUCACCAUCAACUUUCAAUCAUUCUGGACAUCCUGGGGACGCCGUCAAUAGAUGACUUCUACGCUAUUUCGUCGCUGCGCUCUCGAGAAUAUAUACGCGCCCUACCGUUUAGGAAGAAGAAGAGUUUCGCGCAGCUGUUCCCUAAUGCAAAUCCGCUGGCCAUCGACUUGUUAGAGAAACUCCUAACCUUUAGCCCGAAAAGAAGAAUAGAUGUGAGCGAGGCGCUACGACAUCCGUACCUUCAGCCAUAUCACGACCCGCAGGAUGAACCCACCGCUGACCCCAUUGAUCCUUCGUUCUUUGAUUUCGAUUUUGGAGACCCAAUGUCGAAGGAGGACCUUAAAGUACUUAUCUACAAUGAGAUCAUGCGCCCCGACACAGGACCUGCUCCUAUUACCAUGAUGAACAAUUUCCCAUCAUGA